AUGGCCGGCCGCAAGCGCAAGGCGCCCUCGAGGUCGAAGACAUCCCGAAGCGACCUCCCGGAUGUAUACCAAGAUUUGCUCGCCGAGGCUGGUGCCGGCCCGUCUACGCCGCCUCUUGCAGAGGAGUCACCAAGGAAGCGUAGACGGCCAGGUGAGAGGCCGGCGACACCAGCUGCGGCGCCGAAGACUCCCAAGACGGAGCAGGUCUCGGAGGACGACGACAGCGACGAUGAGCUCGAGUUUGAAGAUGUCCCCAUUCCGGCGCCAAACCUUCAGACGAUGUACCUGGACACUGAUGAGGAGGACGAGGACGAUGAGAUGAUCUUCGAAGAUGUGCCCAUCGUACCUAUGCAGACCAGCCCCAUCGUUGCCGCACCCCGAGCCGACCUCGAGCUGAACCUGACAGCGCAUCGAGCAGUUGCGCCAAAGGCACCAGAGAGACGAAAACCAAUCACCAAGGCGGAGAGAGACCUCCGGAUUCACGCCCACAAAUCACAUUUGUUAUGCUUAUUGAUUCACACGGCGCGGAGAAACCGGUGGUGCAACGACAGUGAGGUGCAGAACCGCCUGCGUCCGUUGCUGUCAAAGAAGGUCGCCUCUCUGCUGAAGCCGAGACCGAACCUGUCUCAGUUUGGCCAAACUGAGUCCUUGAAGGAUGGUCUCGAACAAAUCGGCCGUACCUUCAAGGCCAAGUACCAGGUGACCGAACGUGGUCUCCGUCGUUGCCUCUGGGCUGAAGCACCUGAACAUCUAGAAAAGUAUGAACCCCCAGACGACAUGGACUCGUGUAUCGGGAGAGAUGAUUUUCAGACUGCGGCCCGAACGCUCGAAGGAUCACGCGACACGGGUGCACAGCUGCUUUCCGGCGGUCCAACCUUGCCGAAGCCUCAAACAGUCAAAAUGUUGACUUCGAAAGCCAAGGCCGAGGAAAUGCAGCGCCUCGCCAAAGCCAAACAAGAAAUGGCGCCUUCACCGGCCACACCCUCGGCCAGGAGGCGGCUCGGCCAUCCCAACGCGACAGCAUACCGCGUGCCGACCAUGACGGCAGCGCCUAGCGCGUCGCGGCCCGUCAAAAUCCACAAACCGCUCCGUGAGUCUCCGUAUCCGGUGUACUGGAUCGAGGUUCUCGACGUUGCACAUCAAAGGUGGCAACCUGUCGAUCCCCUUGUGACAGAUACACUGUGGAAGCCCGCGAAACUCGAGCCACCAGCAUCGGACCGAGAUAAUAACUUGACCUAUGUGCUGGCCUUUGAGUCUGACGGCACAGCCAAAGAUGUUACGAGGCGCUAUGCGAAGGGAUACGCGGCAAAGACACGCAAACUGCGGAUAGAGACUGCCGAAGCAGACGGCGCGCAGUGGUGGGCCAAGGCGCUCAAGGUGUUUGCGCGACGGCGACCGACGGAUGUCGAUCAUAUCGAAGCCAGCGAGCUCGAGGCGACGGCGUCACGGGAACCCAUGCCGCGCAACGUUGCCGAUUUCAAAGACCACCCCAUCUACGCGCUGGAACGACACUUGCGGCGCCACGAGGUGCUCAAAGCCGACGCGCAGCCGGCGGGGACAGUGAGCGCCGGCAGCAAGGCGCCGCUGGAGACGAUCUACCGGCGACGAGACGUGCGGAUCGCCCGCAGCCGCGACAAGUGGUAUCGCAUGGGGCGAGACGUCAAAGCGAUGGAAAUGCCCGUCAAGUUUCUGACAAAGCGAGUCAACACCAAGCCCGGGGAGUACGUGGAUGACGGUUACGGGGGCGACGUGCGCGACGCCGAGGGAACGCCGGUGUUCACGGAGGAGCAGACGGAGGAGUACAGGCCGCCGCCGGUAGUGCGGGGGCGGGUGCCGAAGAACAAAUUUGGCAACAUCGAUCUCUACGUGCCCAGCAUGGUCCCCAAGGGGGGCGUCUGGAUCGCUGACGACAGCGAGGACGAGCCUUCGUCUGCGCGGGCGGCGUUCAUCCUGGGCAUCGACUACGCGCCUGCACUCACUGGAUUCUUGUUCAAGGGGCGACAGGGCACAGCGGUGCUCAAUGGCGUCGUGGUGGCCGAGGAAUACGAAGAGGCCAUGCGGGCGGUCAAAGCCGGGCUCAGCGAUGUCGAAGCACAGCAGCAGCAGGACCGCAGAGCCACGGCAGCGCUGCGAAUGUGGAAGCGGUUCCUCGUGGUCCUACGUAUCCACGAACGGGUGUAUGCCGGUGUCAGCGCCGAGGAGAGGGCGGCAGACGAGGCAGGACGAGGGUUCGUGGCAGAUGGGGAUGAAGAGGGCCACGGUUCGGAUCCUGCGACGGAGGCUGCGCAUGAGGACGAAGUGCUAGAUGAGGAGGCUCUCGAGGCGCUUGAUGAGGUGGAUGCAGACGAAGAGGCAGCCAGUGAAACGACCGAGGAGAUCACCAUGGCGGACGAGGACUUUGGUGGUGGUGGCUUCAUGACCGAGGGUGAUGACCUGGGCGGUGGCUUCAUGGUUGACUGA